ACGUUAGGGCACACGGAAAUAUGAAAACGUUUAACGCAAUUUUCAUUAAAAUAUUAAUGAUUUACCAAUACUUCGUGGAAAUUAGUCUGGCAUACGAAGAAACCGAUGAGGUCCCAAAGGGCCCAUGUGAUAACUUUUAUGAAUAUGCCUGCAGCAACUAUACUCAGCAGAAUACAGAUCCCAAUUACAGUGAAAUUACACAACAAUUAGAUUAUGCAAUGAAUAAGAAGUUAUUAACUCAUCUGAAGAAUGUAUUUCUUCAUAACCAAUAUGAGGAUAAAAUACAAACAUAUCGUGAUAAAAUGGGCAUAUAUUUGGAAUCUUGCAAAACGGAGAGACAAAGAAAUUUAAGAAAAUAUUUUGAUGAACUCAAGCCAAGUAGCAAUUUGAAUUGGCCAUUGUUGUAUCCCAAGGAAGAGUGGUUGGAGCAGAAUAAACAUUUUGAUUAUUGGUCGCUAUUGGGUGAAAUGCAGUCUUAUGGUAUAAAUGAUAUCAUAGUAACUCAACAAGUCAUAAGGAAUAAGAACGGAACUCUAAGUAUCUGGCUGGCACCGGUCUUUGCAGAAGGUGGCGGUAGUUUGCCCAACAGCAACAUUUUAAAGGUUUUGUUAAUGGCUUUGGGCAUCCAAGACACUGAUGUGAUUAUACAGCAAUUAAAUGAUACCGAUUUCAAAUUGCAAGAGAUAAUGGAAAAUUAUGCUGAUUCAACUCAGUCUAUAACCAUAACUUGGGAAGAAUUGACAGACUACUAUCCCCGUCUUAAUAUAAAAUCAUAUAUAGAAAAGUUAUUAGGGCGUGAGCGAUAUAAUCUUUUAAAUAUCACUUUGGAAAAUCCUGAAUACUUUGAGUUUCUUAAUCAAAAGUCGUGGACUGAUGAGGAGCUGCAACAUUUGUGCAAUUAUUUAAUGAUGAAAUUUCUGUUUUAUUUGGCAGUGGAUAGUACGGCUGAAUUUACGCCACUCUCUUGUAUAAAAGAUUUAAGACAUAAAUUUGAUUUGGCCGUAAAUUACAUUUUUUACAGACAUCUUUUGAAAAGGGAGGCAGAGGAUUUUGAACAAGCUGUGUUUAAGAUGGAAAAAGACAUCAAAGAUAUUAUGCUAAAAUAUUUUAACGAGAAUCAUUUGAAUCUUAGUGAUCAGCAACUGAAUUAUUUACAAAAUAAACUGGGAAACAUUCAAAUAAAUAUUGGAAAUUUACCUAAUGUGCGUGACUCUAUAGCGGUACAAGCCUUUUACCAGGACAUACCAAAUUUGCAAAGAUUCAAUUAUUAUAAAAACCAUUUACUAAUGCUAAAACAUCGUUUACGUAAAUCACUGUCGUAUGCCCAAAAUCAAAGCCAUUACAUAGUGAGUGAUAAUCGUAUGGGUGGUGUGUCCUCACCAUAUUAUGUGCCUCAACAAAAUAUGGUCGUUAUACCGUUUGGCAGUUUGCAAUUGCCUUUAUUUCAUUAUAUGCAGAGUAUCCUUGAACAAUUAUCACUUUUCGGUUUUGUUUUGGCCCACGAACUAACACAUGCAUUUGAAACAACCGGUUUAAAUUACGAUCACCAGGGCUUUCCGCUGUCCACCUCUUUAGACAUAAUAGAUCAUGAUAAUUUCUCGAAUGCAUUGGAGUGUAUGCUACAGCAAGAGCCUACCGAUGAAAUAGACGAACGUAUUGCUGAUCUCUUUGCCGUACGUGUGGUUUAUCGUACUUAUUCGGAAUAUUAUGCUAAGAAAGGGUAUGACGAUUGGAGCAAAAACUUCUUUAUGAAUUUGGCACAGUUUUUUUGUGGCAAAAGCAAUUUGAAAUUUAUUGAUCACGAUUCAGAUGCCAUACGUUUACAUCAGAUUUUAAUGAAUUUUGAAGCUUUCUCAGAAGUCUAUGGCUGUAGAGAAGGCACUGCUAUGCAUCCUAAAACAAAAUGUCGGCUAUAUUAAGAAGAUAAUUGUGACAAAUUUUAUUGGCAAAUGUUGAUGGUAUUAUUUAAAUAAAUUUAAAUUUAUAAGUCUCAAUAUUGUUAAAAAUGGUAGGCCGAUUAGAAAAAGUUAUGUGCUUCUUUUUCAUUGUUCAACUGGAUAAAUUAAUAUAUUUUGUUAACUGCAAUUGUAAUAAAUACUUAAAUAUGAAAAGUUUUUGUAA